ACCGUCCUUUUGUGCACCCCAGGCCAUGCAUCUCCUCUCCCAGUCCAUGCACCCAAUUGCAUAUUGCUUUCUUCGCUUGGUUUGGCUGCGCGUACGAACCCAACAAUGGCGCCCUCCCCACGAGCCAUGCGUAGCCUCAGGCCCCUGUACUCUCUCUUCCUCCUUAUCGGCGCAGCCAACGCCGCUGCGGACACUUUGGUGCACACCGAGUGCCCGAGCGACACAAACUACACCCGCGGCGGCGUCUUCCAAGCCAACCUCGACGCCCUCCUCUCCUCCCUCCCCGCCGCCACGUCGGUCGCGUCCGGGUUCGCCCAGAACGCCACCGGCGCAGCGUCCGACAAGGCGUACGGGCUCGCGCAGUGCCGCGCCGACGUGAGCGCAUCCGACUGUCGCACGUGCCUUGACGGCUCGGUGCGGGACGCGGCCACCAAGUGCCCCGGCCAGAAAACCUCCAUGCUCAUCUACGACAACUGCCUCCUGCGCUACUCGAACUCAAGCUUCUUCGGCGCCGCCGACACGUCGUCGAUGCUCGGCCUCUGCAACACGGGGAACGUGACGCAGCCCGAGCUGUUCCGGACGCAGCUGGGCGCGCUGAUGAGCAACCUCACCCGCAGGGCGGCGUACUCGUCCCCGCGGAUGUUCGCGGCCGGCGCGGCCGACAUCACGUCCAUCACGAAGGUCUACGGCAUGGCCCAGUGCACGCGCGACCUUGCCGGUGAUGACUGCAACCGCUGCCUCGCCGGACCCGUCUCGUCCAUCCUGACCGCCUGCGAUGGGAAGCAGGGGGGGCAGAGCAUCGCCCGGAGCUGCUCCAUCCGGUACGAGGUGAACCUUUUCUACAACGCCCAGGCCGCCGAGGCGGCGAUGUCCCCGCCGCCACCGCCGCCGCCAGCAGUAAACGGCAGCGAUCAGUCCGGCCCUGCGGGACGCGCCGAAAACGACGACGCCACAGCCAAGAUAGCUCUGUUCGUCUCCAUUCCUGUUGCUGUGGUGCUGUUGGUGCUGUUGACGGUUGCUUUGUAUCUCUGCAAGAGGAAGAACAAGAAACCACACGAACAUGUGCAGAUAUCCAACUACGACAGUGAGGAUGGAACAGACAUGGGAAGCUCAGAGUCUCUGUUGUACCAUCUGAGCACUCUAAGGGCUGCCACUGACAACUUCUCUGAAGAAAAUAAGCUCGGGGAAGGCGGGUUUGGGCCGGUCUACAAAGGCGUUCUGCGGGACGGGCAGGAGAUCGCGGUGAAGAGGCUGUCCAAGACCUCCCAGCAAGGGCUCGUGGAGAUGAGGAACGAGGUUGUGCUGGUGGCCAAGCUCCAGCACAAGAAUCUGGUGCGCUUGCUCGGCUGCUGCAUCCAGGAGGAGGAGAUGCUCCUCGUCUACGAGUUCCUCCCCAACAGAAGCCUCGACAAGAUUCUAUUCGAUCCUGCGAGGCGCCAAGAGCUUACCUGGGGGCACAGGUUCAGGAUCAUCCAGGGGAUCGGGCGAGGCCUUCUUUACCUCCACGAAGACUCGAGGCUGACCAUCAUCCACCGGGACCUCAAGGCGAGCAACAUCCUGCUAGACCCCGACAUGAACCCCAAGAUCUCCGACUUCGGCCUCGCCAAGCUGUUCAGCGUCGACGCCAGCGUCGGGAACACCAGCCACAUCGCCGGAACCUAUGGCUACAUGGCGCCGGAGUACGCCCUGCACGGCAUCUUCUCCGCCAAAUCGGACGUGUACAGCUACGGCGUCCUGGUACUAGAGAUCAUCGCGGGUCGCCGCAACAAUUUCGCCCAAUAUCCGGGCACUAAUGGCGAAGAUCUUCUGACCACGGUCUGGAGGCACUGGAACCGUGGGAGCGUGUCCGGGUUGCUCGAUGGCUGCUCGGCCGACGGGCUCCAGCCGACGGAGAUGCUGCGGUGCAUCCACGUGGGGCUGCUCUGCGUCCAGGAGGACGCGCACCUCCGGCCAGGCAUGGCGGCGGUCGUCGUCAUGCUCAACAGCCGCUCGAUUACGCUCCCUGUGCCGACGCCGCCGGCCUACGUCGUUUCGGGCCGCGCGGGUGCGUUGGGGAUGAGCACGACGCGCGAGGCACAGGCUCCGGCGGGAGCUGUUCGUGGGCCGUAUGUCAACGACGCCUCCGUUUCUGACCUGGAGCCCCGGUGAACGGGCGGCCUUGAAAAUAGGGUGUUCUGGGCUUCUGGUGGCAUCGCCGUCCAAACUUUCAGCAGUGUGGGUGGGCCGUAUGUAGGCGAUUGUGUUAAGUCGUUUAUUUUAUUUUAUUUUAUUUCAUUAAAAAAAGUCGUUUAAUUUUUCCGCAGAAAUGCUAUGUUUUAGUCGACCGAAAACACCUCAUCUUGAGUUGGUGUAAUCAUUGAUAUAGUCACUCAUUGUUUUUCCUUGUC